ACUCGCUGCUGAUGUGAAGUACCAAAACUAGAGGAAGCAGGAUAGCUACAUGCAUAGUUUCAACAAAAGACUUAGGCAGGAACUGUGUAAACACAGAGCCAGUCUGGGCAAUGUAUACAGGUGGAAGAGGCCUUAAAAACUGGCAAAAAAGGGAUGUCACAGCAUUACACAGCGCAUCAGAAUGCAUGCUUUGAGGUCAAAGCACUUCAAGAGGUCUAUUCUGCAAGAUUUGUAUACAUUGGAACAUUCAAGUAUCAACAAGGAAACCUCCACAGAGGGCAAAUAUGUGGAAGACGACAUUGAUUCGGACAUUCCUGAUGUUUUACCCUUUAAUGACAGCACUCCAGAAGUCCUUAAGCCAGUGCUAUCUGGCUUGUCCUCCAGAUGGAAAAAUUGGUGGAUUCGUGGUAUCUUUAGUUUAACAAUGAUUUCAUUGUUUUUUUUUCUUAUCUAUAUGGGACCAGUCAUGCUGAUACUUUUGGUGUCUGCUAUACAAGUGAAGUGUUUUCAAGAAAUUAUUUCCAUUGGGCACAGAGUUUAUCGCUCCUAUGAGUUGCCGUGGUUUAGAACACUUAGCUGGUACUUCCUGUUGUGCGUUAAUUAUUUUUUCUAUGGGGAAACUCUGGCAGAUUAUUUUGCCACCUUAGUACAAAGGGAAGAAAUGCUACAGUUUCUUAUUCGCUACCAUCGCUUCAUUUCCUUUGCUUUUUAUCUCAUAGGUUUCUGCAUGUUUGUUCUCAGUUUAGUAAAGAAACACUACCGUCUGCAGUUUUACAUGUUUGGAUGGACUCAUGUCACUUUGCUGAUCACUGUUACUCAGUCUCAUCUAGUCAUCCAGAACCUUUUUGAAGGAAUGAUUUGGUUUAUAGUUCCAAUCUCCAUUGUCAUUUGUAAUGAUAUUAUGGCUUAUAUCUUUGGGUUCUUCUUUGGCAGAACUCCAUUAAUUAAGCUGUCACCCAAAAAGACCUGGGAAGGUUUCAUUGGUGGAUUCUUCAUGACAGUAAUAUUUGGAUUCUUAUUUGCCUAUAUCUUAGCACAGUUUCAGUACUUUGUUUGUCCUGUGGAAUACAGCAGUGAAACCAACAGCUUCUCCACAAAAUGCGAACCUUCGGAGAUUUUUAGACUUCAUUAUUAUAUUGUCCCUGCCUAUCUGCAGCCACUGUUGGGAAGGAGAACAGUUAGCAUGUACCCGUUCCAGAUUCACAGCAUUGCUCUGUCUUCCUUUGCAUCUUUAAUUGGGCCAUUUGGUGGCUUUUUUGCCAGUGGUUUCAAGAGAGCAUUUAAAAUUAAGGAUUUUGCAGACACCAUUCCAGGACAUGGCGGGAUCAUGGAUCGUUCUGAUUGCCAGUAUUUAAUGGCUACCUUUGUACAUGUGUAUAUUGCCAGCUUUAUAAGGGGCCCCAAUCCGAGCAAAGUUCUGCAGCAGCUUCUAGUGCUUCACCCUGAGCAACAGCUAAACAUCUACAAGGCCCUGAGGGCACAUCUUAUUGAGAAAGGAAUGACUGAUGCAGCACUUCACAAUCAAUAACCUGAAACACUGACAAGAAUAUUGACACGUAUUGCACUUGUUUAAGAGAACCAAAGGCAGAGGUCUCUAUUCCCAGGAUGGGAUAUACAUUUAAAUCUUUGAAAGCCUUUGAAAGUUUCUUGUAUUCUCUGCAGAUAUUGGAGGUUUUAACUAGAUACUCCAGUUCCUAAAAUAAUCUGCUGAAUGAAAAUGCAGAUUCAUAUGAAUGGCAUAAUGUUUUAAUGUGCCAGCCACUGCAAACAACUACCAUUUCAUGGUAAUUUGGAGAAUUUGCUUCAUGUUUUUAAUUAAUUGAAUUCUGGUUAGGGCAGAUGAACAUUUUAAAAUUGGUUUAGUAAUGGCAUAAUGCUUGUGGCAUUGCAGAGAAAGGUAUGGAAUCUGUGUACAUGUAGAUAACAUUUAGUACAAAAAAAACAGCACUGCUUUCAUUUAAGGUUACGAAAAAAGUGGCCAAACUGCUACAAAAGUAUUGUUUUUAGAUUAUUUUUUUAAAUUUUUACUUAUAAGCAUAUUGCCAGUAGAUGCUGGAUUGGGAAGCCAUAAUAAUGAGAUGUUAAAAUCUCAAGCUGAAACUCCUUUUUACUGUUUACAGAACAAUCUGUAUUUUUCAGACUUGUAGGCAGCUGCAUUUUAAUGUAUGUACAGUAAGUUUAACAGUGGAAAAAAAAGUCUAGAGGGGUAAUAUAAUAAAAGGUUACAAAGAGCGCUCCUGUUUCUACUCACAUAUAGCAGUCAGUAAGUAGAGUUUAUUAGUUACCCAUUAAAACAAAAAUCUCAUUGUUGCUAUGGUUACUGUGCUAGGGCAAACUUUGUGCCUUUUUAUUAGGGUUUGAAUUGCAUUUAGCAUUUCAUGUAUAGCCUGUUUGCUAAUUGUGCUUAUUUGCAUAACUGUAUAAUGAAUCACCAUUAGUUAGCACACAUGGCAUGCCAGAACACAUUCACUUGUGUUUCUUGAUAUGAAUAAAUUCCGUUAAACAUUUGCAA